AUGAACGGGGAUGGAUCCCGAGCCCCCGGCGCGGCUCCCCUGAGGGAAACCCGGGGCGAACGGAACCGGGGAGCCCCCGACCGCCCGGGCACAGCCCCAGCCCGGCUCCCGCAGCCCCGCGGCGGCCAGGCGGAGCCGGGGGACGGCAGCGAGCGGGGAGGAGCGGGGAGGAGCGGCGCGGGGGCGCAGCAGGGCCGGGCGGAGGCGGCGGAGCGGGAGCAGCCCCGGCCGGGCCGUACCUGGCGCAUCCCGGUGGUUGUCCAUUUUGGAGCCCCCGUCCCAGCAUGCCCCGCGCCGGGCGCGCCGCACCGGGGCCGCGCCGCCGCAAGGGCCUCUGGGAGAUGUAGUGCACCCGGGGGGCCGCCCCGCCGCUCUCCCCGCUCCUCCCGCCGCACCGAGCCCCGCUCGCGGCACGGACGAGACACCCCCCUCCGGCGGCUCCGUCGCUACGGCCGUUCCCCGGCUCGCCCUGCAGCCCGUGGGCGCCAAAGUUCCAGAGCUCUCUUUCUCCUCAGCAAGGGGAUGCUGCUGCUGAUGGAGAGGAAGCUGCAGGAGGUUCACCCGCUGCUGACGCUGUGCGGGCAGAUCGUGGAGAACUGGCAGGGCAACCCCAUCCAGAAGGAAUCCCUCAGGGUCUUCUUCCUGGUGCUGCAGGUCACACAUUACCUGGAUGCUGGCCAGGUGAAGAGCGUGAAGCCGUGCCUGAAGCAGCUGCAGCAGUGCAUCCAGACCAUCUCCACCCUGCACGACGACGAGAUCCUGCCCAGCAACCCCGCUGACCUGUUCCACUGGCUGCCCAAGGAGCACAUGUGUGUGCUGGUCUACCUGGGCCUCUACUGCAUCUCCGUGAACUGCAUGGACAAUGCUGAGGCGCAGUUCACCACGGCCCUGAGGCUGACCACCCACCAGGAGCUGUGGGCGUUCAUCGUCACCAACCUGGCCAGCGUCUACAUCCGCGAGGGCAACCGGCACCAGGAGCUCUACAGUUUGUUGGARAGGAUAAAUCCCGACCACAACUUCCCUGUGAGCUCCCACUGUCUCCGGGCCGCCGCCUUCUACAUCCGAGGGCUCUUCUCGUUCUUCCAGGGAAGAUACAACGAGGCCAAGCGGUUUCUGCGGGAGACGCUGAAGAUGUCGAACGCCGAGGACCUGAACCGCCUGACCGCCUGCUCGCUGGUGCUGCUGGGCCACAUCUUCUACGUGCUGGGAAACCACAGGGAAAGCAACAACAUGGUGGUGCCGGCCAUGCAGCUGGCCAGCAAGAUCCCGGACAUGUCGGUGCAGCUCUGGUCCUCAGCCCUGCUCCGAGACCUGAACAAGGCCUGUGGGAACGCCAUGGACGCGCACGAGGCCGCUCAGAUGCACCAGAACUUCUCGCAGCAGCUGCUCCAGGACCACAUCGAGGCCUGCAGCCUCCCCGAGCACAACCUGAUCACGUGGACGGACGGACCCCCCCCAGUCCAGUUCCAGGCCCAGAACGGCCCCACCACCAGCCUGGCCAGUCUCCUGUGAAUCCCAGGAAAUCCCAGGAGAUCCCAGGAGAUCCGGCAACAACACCCCGGAGACAAAAACAAAACAAAAAAGCGCCAAAAACUGGGGGAGGGGGGGAAAAAAAUCCAUGGAAAAGCUUCCCUUCUUCCAUGAAAAGGCAGCGAAUUCCCGCUGGUAGUGAGGCCUUGUAGAAGAGGUGGCAGAAAACCCGGGAAUGUUCCAGUGGGAAGAGCCUCUGGAGCUGCUUUUCCAGGUGGGAAUUCCCGGGUUUGUGCUGGGUUUGGGGCUCCCCAUCCCGGGAAUCCAAUCCUUGGGGAUAACGGGACGGAAAAUCACGGAUUGGAGGCUGCCCUGGAAUUCCCUGCGGGGAAGGGAGGAAUUUGGGAUUCCCAGGGGGGCCCUUCCCCACCUCCCCCACAACCACAGCUCUCUCCACGCCUUUGGGAUCGGGGAGAAAGCGGGAAUGUUCCUGCUGAUCCCAAAUUCUCUGACAGCCUGAAGGCACCUGUGCCUUAAGCAUUCCCAAAUCCAGGCCUGAGCCUGGGUUGAAAUCCAGCUCCAGCCUCAUCCSGAGGUUUGGGAUGAAAUUCCAGCCUCGCCCUUGGCACCAACUCCCCUUUUCCCAGGUUUUCCCAGGUUAAAUUCCCCGUUCCAGCCCAGUUUUUUUGGGAUUUUCCAGCCGAGUUCUCCCUGUGGAAAGCUGGGAAUGCAGAAUCCCGGGAAGCAGCUGGAGUUUCCCGGGAUUCCAGCAGUGCCUGCGAGGGAAUAAAGCUCCUCUCCCCUGCUGGAAUCUCCCAGCUGGAAAAAGGGGAGGGAAGAGAAAUCUUGGAGGGUUUGGAAAGAGGAGAACCAAACCCCUCAAACUUCAAGAGAUUUUUGGGAAUCUCUUUAAUGCCAGCUGGAUGGGAAGGAACCAUGAAAUUCCCUCAUUCCAGUCRUUUUUCCUUCCCAAAUCCCAUCCCUGCUCCUAGAGCAGCUCACAGGGAUUUUUUAUUCCACCCAAAUCCGUCAAUUUUUACCUCUGGAAGUCAUUCCAGGGAUGAGGUUUUAGCCCCAUUCCCMAAAAAUGGGAUUUUCCAGGUGCUGUCUCUGGAAUUCCUGCUCCCAGAGCUCCUCCUGGGCGUUGGGAAAUCUCCAAAGGACCUGGAUUUCCCUGGGAUCUUUUGGGGUUGAGGAUUGGGAGUUUUUAUUCAGGAUUGGGAUUUUUUCUUGGUUUCAAGGAAAGCCCUCGGUGCUGCUGGAGCUCAGAAAUUUGGGAGAUCUCGCAGAGGUCCCAAAUCCGGGGAUUUUCCAGCCAAAUCCGUGGACUUUGCUGGGUCCUGCUCUGUGGAUCCAGGGCUGGCACCGCCACGGGAGCUCCCCUGGAUCCCCCUCCUUGGUGAAAUUUGGGAUCCCAGGAGCUCCGAGAUCCCAGGAUUUUGAUCAGGAAUGUUGAUCCCCAUGGAUAAUUUGGGGAGUUGUCCCUUUUUGGGUUGGUUUGAGAGCAGAUUCCGUGUUUUUAUUCCCUCKGGGGAAUUCCCCUCUGAUUUUAGGCCCUGGAAUGCUUUUCCUCGGCGUUUUCCUUGGACUGGGAAAGGUUUAAAUCCCAAACCCCGCUCAGGGACUCCAACCUUUCCCUCUCCAUCCCACUGGAGGCUCCUGGGUCCCUUCCAGCUCCAGAAUAUUCUGGAAUUUCAGGCCGGCCUCACCUCUGGCUUGGAUUUUUAGGGAGAAAUUCCCAGAUUUUGGGCUGGGAAGAGCUUUGGGAUCAUCCAAUCCCAGGGCAGGGACACCUUCCACUAUCCCAGGCUGCUCCAGCCUGGAUUCCAGGGCAGCCGCAUCCUUCCCAUUUCGGGAGAAAUCGGGAAAAAUCCCAAUUCCCGAGAGCUGUGGUUGGGGCUGAGCUUGGGGAGAGCCUUUUCCAGGGAAUUCCAGCAGUUCCUGUGGGACAGGAGCCUUUCCCACCCCCUGGGGAUGGUGUGGGGGAGAGGAAUUCCCAGAAAUUCCCAAAUUUCCACCUCCAGGAAGGGGAAGGGGGGGAAUCUCCCAGCUCAGGAUUCRUGAAUUUGGUGGAACAUCAGGAAAAUCCCCCUGGAAUUUCCCUCUGGGGCUUUGGGCCUUUAUCCCAGCUCCAGAGCCUCUUCCCACUGCCAGAAUUCCCGAAUUCCUGGAGCAGAUCCCGGUGAUUUUCUAUCCCUGCAAUCCCACAAUGUACAGAGCUUUUUACCACUUGUAUAUUAAAUUAUUUAAUAGUU